AUGCAAGGAAUCCGGCGGCUGGCGACGGUGGCCGCGUGUUUGUGGUUAGUUUCCGCGGUCGACGCCAGGCGCAAACUUAAGCGUGACCAGCACGAGAGCUUGAAGACUAUCGACGUUAUUGACUUCGAUGAGGAUGAUAAUGAGUUGGAGCCAUGUCAAUGUGGAGUGUUUAUGUCUCAACAAAUGGGCUUUAAAGAUGGCCGCCGGACGAAGCCCCGUGGACCGCCUCAGGGAGAGCCUGUGGUCACAUAUGAUACUGAGGGUCCGAUCUUACCUUGUGGGUCCAGCGGCUUCAAACAGUGCAUUUCGAAAUGCCUUGAUGUGAUACUAAAAUAUUUGCCGCGUGCCGGCCCAGUGAUCUGUGGCGCGGUAGAGCGCGACGUGCACCGCGAGAGGGCGUUUCUUUUCAUCCGAAACUGCGGCGGCGACUGGAGUCCAACCAAUUUCUCUGCCGGCAAGGAGUUCUGCUGUACUGAUGGUCAACACCACAAAUGCUAGGAAGACUAGAAAGAGGGAGAGGAAACAACUAACUAAGAAGACUAGGAAUGAUAGGAAGACUAUUAAUUGUCUAAUUGUUUAAGCCUUUGACAUCGUUGUGUAAGAUAAUAUCAUUUUAUGAAAAGAUUCUGAUUAGAAAAUCCAAGCUGUUGGAUGUAGAAUGCUAUAAUGGAAGUAUAAUAUAAUAACGUUUAUUUAUACUAAAUAAGCUGAUAAGUACUUUUACCUCAAUAGAAUAUAAUUAAAGUAGUAAACUAAGAUGUAAAUACAUUCUAAAAUUUUACAUUGUACAUGGCGUUUAUUGUUUUAAGAGUUGACAUCACAGUGUA